AUGGCGUGGCAACACCUCGACAUCACCAAGCCGCACUUGGUCUACAUCAUCCUUGGCGGCUUCACCUCCCUCUUUAUGCUCUGCUCUUCCUUCAUCAAGGAGCGCAUGUACAUUGGCGAGGCCACCGUCGCCACCCUUUGCGGUGUCAUCUUCGGACCUCACGCCGCCAACUUAAUCAACCCCAAUGACUGGGGCUCCGUCGACAUCGUCACCGUCGAGUUUUCCCGCAUCGUCCUCGUCGUUCAGUGCUUCGCCGUCGGCGUUGAGCUGCCCAAGUACUACAUGGAGCGCCAUUGGAAGUCCGUCAUCUUCCUCCUCCUCCCCGUCAUGACCGCCGGCUGGCUCCUCACCUCCCUCUUCAUCUGGUGGAUGGUCCCCGUACUCUCCUGGCUCGAGUCCCUCGUCGUCGCCGCCUGCGUCACCGCCACCGAUCCCGUCCUCGCCUCCUCCGUUGUCGGCAAGGGCAAGUUCGCCAAACGCGUCCCCAAGCAUCUGAGAGAUCUCCUCUCGGCAGAGUCCGGGUGCAACGACGGCAUGGCCUUCCCCUUCAUCUACCUCUCCCUCUACCUCAUCCAAUACCACCGUGACGCCGCCCAGGUUAGCUUCCACUUCAUCGUCUAUGUCAUUCUCUAUGAGUGCAUCUUUGGUGCCGUCUACGGCUUCUGUAUAGGCUACAUUGCCCGCCACGGCAUCCGCAUGGCCGAAAAGUACGACCUCAUCGACCGAGAAAGCUUCCUCGUCUUUUACUUUGUCGUCGCCCUCUUUUGCGCCGGCUCGGGUAGUAUCCUUGGUGUCGAUGACCUCCUCGUCGGCUUCGCCGCGGGUGUCGGCUUCUCCAAUGACGGCUGGUUUGGCGAAAAGACUGAGGAAUCUCACGUCUCCAACGUCAUCGAUCUGCUGAUAAACUUGGCCUACUUUGUUUAUUUUGGUACCAUCAUCCCUUGGGAGCAGUACAACUCUGGCCUCUUUGGCCUGUAUGCCUGGCGCCUUGUUGUCAUUGCCAUCUUCGUCCUCCUCUUCCGCCGCAUUCCCAUUAUGCUGGCCCUCAAACCAUUUAUACCCGACGUGCGAAAUUGGCGAGAAGCCUUGUUUGCCGGCCACUUCGGUCCUAUUGGUGUCGGCGCCAUUUUUGUUGCCAUUCUCGCCCGCGCCGAGCUGGAACACGAAGAGCCUGUCCCACUAUCGCAGCUACCAGACCCUGGUGUGGAAAACUACGCGUUAAUCUACCUUGUCUGGCCCAUCGUCACAUUCCUCGUCAUUUCCUCCAUUUUGAUUCACGGCUCUUCAAUUGCCGUCUUUACCCUCGGAAAGCGCAUCAACACGCUGUCUCUCACCAUGUCCUACACCGCCGCGCCUGAGGAUGGUCCUUCCUGGAUGAACCGGUUGCCUCGGAUAUCGUCCCAGUCCCGCUCUCAGGCCAAGACCAUGUCUGAGGCUUCCUUUGACCUCAAAGACCCCCAGUACCCCGCUGGCACCCUUGCGCCUCCGGGUGGCUUCCUGCGCCGCCAGAGGGACGAGGACCACAGCCGCCCUGGCAGCCGCACCUCCUCUCUCGUUUCCCGCAAGCGCAAGCACAAAAAGUGGGAUGACGGCAUUGGCCCUGGCGGUCCUGUAUCUCAAUCGGCCAUCUUCCCCAAUCGCCAAUCCAUGUCGCCCACCGACGAGCAGGCCAAUACCAGCCAACCUACCACUGACUCGACACUAACGGACAACGACAAGGAAAAAUCCGAGACGCUCCAUGAUCAGCGCCAUCAUGAAGAUGACGAAAGCCCCGCUUCGCCACAACGCGUCAAUAUUUAUGAAGAAGGCCACCAUCUCGUGUUUGAGGACCAACAGGGUGAAGUCAUCGACACGGUCGACGUCGAUGCUGUUCCGAGUCCCGAUAACGAGUCACCUGGAGAACCAAGCAGCCCAGCAAGACCUGGCGAAGAAAUAUCGUGGUCUUUUGGGGGCCUGCGCCGUCGCUUCAACGACAUGUACACCCAAGAGGUCGAGAAGCGCAAGGAAAAGUCCAAACAAGCUCGCAGCCAUGAGCCUGCCCACGCUUACCAGUUCGGCAACCAGAUUAUUGUCGAGGACAAGGAUGGCGAGGUCGUGAAGACGUACCAGCUGCCGUCCUCCAAGUCUAGCCAGGAGUCCAGCGCCGUACUAGGCUCAAGCCUUAAAUACCUCGGCCUCGGUGCCCUGGCCCGGCAGAACGAAAAGGACCCGCAGGCCUCCGCCGAAGAGGGUGCGGCCGGCGACGAGGAACCGAUACCCUCCCGAUCCCGGUGGACCGCGGUCCGCCGCAUGACCGGCACCGCGCCUGGUGAAUCAUCGCGCGAUAACGACGACGACGAUGACGACCACAACAUCCGCUUCACCAUUGGUGGUGUCGGCCGCCGCAUGAAUAAGGAGGACUUUAUCAAGGAGGUGCAGAAGCUUGACUCCAUCACGCGCAAGGAGGUCGCCGAGCAGUCAACCGCUACCCGGCCUAUCAAGGAGGUUGCUAAGCGCAACCCCGGCCUCGUGGCGGCCGCAACCGACCGCCGGCGCCCCAGCGGCGUACCGCGCAUCGUUGAGACGCGCGCCGACAGCAGCGAGCGGUCGAAGCGCUCCGACGAAUCCAGCUCCCGAGGCCGUCCCGCCGUCAAGGAGGCGCGGCCCUCGCCAGCGGCGCCAUCGGAGGACGAGUCGCACGAGACGCCUGUCGAGCGGCGUCGCCGACUCGCCGUCCUCAGCCAGCAGAGCCAGCAAAGCAAAGAUGCCGCAGCCGGCGCACAGGGCGACGCAGGCGAGACACCGGCGGAGCGACGGCGUCGCGAGGCUGCUCUCGGCAUGGGCGGUGGCGACGCCGACGAUAGCGACUCGGAGGACGAGGGUGGCGAGCGCGUGCCGCCCGCGCGUCGCGGCAUCCGCUUUGCCGAGCCGAGCAGACGUUGA